AUGCCACCUCUUUUAUUCGAAAAUAUGCUGAUCGCCAAUGAGCUGCGCAACGAAGCCCUGCCAGCUCUCGAGCGCCUGGCCCAAAAUCCCUCUCUGCGCGACAGAGCCCUCGCGCGAUUCGGUCGAGACGAGCCCCCACCAUACGUUUCGUCGACCGAGGACGAGGAUGAGGACGAGGAUGAGGACGAGGAUGAGGACGAUGUCAUGCGUUACCCGGCAUCAGACCGCGUUGGCGGCGAUCUAUUGGAUGAGGUGCAACGCCACCUCGAUGAGCCUCUCAACAGUGAUCAAACCGACGAAGCAGCAUCGUUCUUGGAGGGUCAGUCACUAUGGUAUAGCCCCGGAGUGCGCUAUGAUAUGGAGCUGGAGCCCGAGGUAGAGCGUGUAGCGAGGUGGGCCCGAACCAAGGCUAGCACCGACACCAGAGAAUAUCUUGUCCAAUAUGGCCUGGCAGCCAAAGGGCGCGCUGGCCGGGAGCGCGUCAACAUCAUCGCACGCCGGAACAUCAGGCGGCGCUGGCAAAAGCUUGGAGUUUGGAAUCCCAAAUGGGGCAUCCCCAAUAGGACAACCAAUCCACAGCCCAACGACGACACCUACACAUGGAAGUGGCCAUGGCAGCAUGGCGAGGCCGCCGCCGAAUGGCGUAACGGCCUCGGGGCGAUGUCACUGAACUCUCGGCAUCCCUCCGUGCGAGCCCUUCGAUCACGCCAGGGCCAGCGCCGGAGCGAGCAUGCCCCCGUUCUUCCGCAUCCCGGGCUUGAGGGUGACGCUUCGGCUUCGCAGGCGGAGUCGUUUAUUAUAUCCCGACCUUGGUUCAGGUUUGCGGUCGAAGUCAGCGAGGAGGUGCAGAGGCACAGACGUCUGCCCGAGAAGAUACGUUUGCUUCACCGGAAUUCCGCAUUUGGGGAUGUCAAAGAACUUUGGAAGGAGAGGGGCGACUGGCAAGAAGAGUGGAAAGACCCGCGCGGGGGUAAGGAGGGCAAAAUCCUGAUCGGCUGGAAGUGGCGGCACGAGAGCCCUACCCCCGAACCCGAAGAACUUUCCGGCCUCGAAGACCUCGCCACCUUCGAGCUCACUCCCUCCGAGGUUGACGCGCUUGAGGCGGUACCCCCGCCCUCACCCCCUACGCCCCGGCGCCCUUAUUCACCCGGUCCCUGGCGCUGGAGGUUCGACUCCCGCCCCCAAGAGCACCCGCCGAAAGCAGAGGACACUGUCGAGCAGUCAUCGGCCGCAGGCGGCGGCCUCUUCGACUAG